AUGGAACUCACAACCGAUUCAAGCGACAUAACGACUCGGUCCCCUCUAGGCAUCGAUCUCAAUGAGAUCCCCUCCACCUCGACCUCUUCUCCUCCAGAAAAUUCAUUGGAUGUGGUGCUGUCCUUCCACGAGAGCUCGGACCCGGCGCCAGGAAUGGCUGCUGGGUUGCGAGGCGAGGGAUCGAUGUGCGGGACAUGCGGAAGGCCGGAGGUGAGGGGCCACGUGGUUGUUUGCGACGGGUGCGAGCGUGGGUUCCACCUAGGGUGUGCUGGCAUGCGCGGAAGGCAAGCUAUUAAUUUGGCGGAAUGGCUAUGUGUAGAGUGCCUCAGCGGCGGCGUUAAGAGCAAACGUUGGCCAUUAGGUAUUAAACGGAUUUUGGACAUCAACGCGUCGCCACCAAGCGAUGCUGAUGAUGACUUGCUUUCAAAUUUUAGGAAACAUACUCAGGGUGAUAAUUCUUUUAGUGCCCCUGUCACAUAUUCAAAUCUUUUGUACGCCGGGAAUGGAUUACGUUCUGGGCCUCUGAUGCAUGCUUUCACUUUGGGUUUUGAAGACGUAAUGCAUCCUAUGCAGACUGUAGAUAUGAGUUCUGAAGGGGUAGGCAUGAAUUUCCUUCACGGAGGGCUCAGAAGUAGGAAUAAUACAACCAUUAGAUUAUUGUCUCGGAAUCCUAGUGAGAUUUUUUUGCAGCGUCUUAGAGAAUUCAUUUCAGAAAGGCAUGGUGUUCUAGAAGAAGGUUGGAGUAUUGAAUUUAAACAUUCAAUCAGUAAUUAUGAACUAUAUGCAGUUUAUUGUUCUCCAGAGGGGAAGACAUUUCAUUCAAUGUCUGAGGUUGCUUGGCAUCUUGGCGUGAUGCCUAAUUGUAAUUCAAUGGACAUGGACUCUACAAGUUGUGGCUCUCUCUCUCUGCAGGAAAGUUUGCAUCUACCCAGAAACAAUAAGUCCAAAAGAUAUUCACUUGCCAAUGUUUUUUCUGAACAUAAAGAAACUUUGAUGAGUGGCUACUGCGAGCAGCUUUUUUCCAAUGGUCAAAGUAUUGAAAUCCACAAUGCUAGGUUUGGUAAAGUUGGAGAAUUCGAGAUGCAAGAAGAUGGCAUAUCUAAUUUUCAGCCAUCUAAUGAAGGACUUCCUGUUCAGUUUGAAGACUUCUUUGUUCUUUCUUUGGGAAAAAUUGAUGUGAGACCUACAUAUCAUGAUGCUAGCCGGAUUUGGCCUGUAGGUUAUAGAUCCUGUUGGCAUGAUAAGAUUACCGGAUCCAUUUUUUUAUGUGAAGUGUCAGAUGGUGGUGAUUCUGGACCUGUUUUCAAGGUUAGAAGGGUUUCGUGUUCAUUGUCGCCUGUUCCUGAGGGCUUAACUGUCCUGUUUAGAACAAACUUUGGCCAGUAUGGUAGUCACAAAAACGAAGAGUGUGAUCAUAUGUUUUUCCACAAUAUUGAUUGUGAAAGUGAUGAUGAUAUUGAGUUAAUUCUUUCAGACCCUGCCCCACCAUCAUAUAAUGAUGUUUUAACCUGUCUUCAAGGUAGUUCAAAUGGAACAUCAGAGAUUACACAAACUAGUUCCUUUGAUAGCAGGUCUCAAAACGUUUUGUUUAGUGAUUUAGUGUCAGGAGAGGAGAUUGGUGAGAUUUCAGUGGAAGAGCGUUCAUCAACUUCAGCUUGGACAGUGGUGUCUCAGAAAUUAAUAGAUGCUUACUCUGAAAUACAUAGACAGAGAGGUCACUUCAAGGUCUCCUGCAACCAUGCAGAUAAUGAAAUGGGUUCACCAGUCUGGUAUACCAAGAGUGAAAACAGCAACAUAAGUUCGGCCUCAUUGGCCAAAUUUUGCAGCUCGCCCAACUUUGUUGGAAUCCCAUUGGAACGUCAGGGUGAGCUUGGGGCUUUUUCUUCUGCACUCUCACAAUGGCUGGAUCAGGAUAGAUUUGGAUUGGACACAGAAUUCGUGAACGAAAUGAUAGAACAGCUCCCUGGUGUCAAAACUUGUUCGAAGUAUGAAUUUCUGAUUGAUAGGGAUCAUUAUUCUUCAUCUCCAACUAUUGGAAAUGGACUCUUAAUGGCCAUAAGGAAAAGCAGAGCAGAAUCAGAUGCUUUAUUUCAAAGACCCAAAAGAGCCAAGUUGGCAAAAGACAAUUUGGUGGAUGAUCAGUAUCCUCCUGGGAGGCUAUUGUGCUCCAAGCUUCCUCCUGUGCUUGUGGGUGACUUUUAUCAGGUAUGGGAGUUAUUAUGCCGCUUCCAUGAAAUAUUGGGUUUGAAAAAGCCUUUUUCCUUGGAAGAACUUGAAGAAGAAGUAAUCAAUCCAUGGUCUAAUCUUUCUUAUCUACUAAAGAAUUUUGAGAACAAGGUCUGUGGAAGUGAAGUCAUAGAUUUUCAUAAAGCUGAUAGUAGGAGUGGAUUAAACUCAUUUUUAUGUGAGGAAUCUGGAAUGGCAGUUUGUGGUGGUAGUUCACAUGCAUUUGUUAAUGAUGAGGAAUUUAGGAUGGGAGUCAAGGGUGUAGGCCAAACUACAGUUGCAUCUGUUACCCACAACAGUUGUGGUGGUGCAGCUUUGACUAAUGCUCAUAGCUCGUUGUUAGGUGUGCUAAUAAGUGAGCUACAAUGUAAGGUUGCUCCACUUGUAGAUCCAAACUUUGAUUCUGGAGAGUCAAAAUCGAAACGGGGAAGGAAGAAAGAUGCAGAUAGCUCAGCUCCAACAAGAAGAAAUAACCUCUAUAUGCUCCCUAUUAAUGAAUUAACUUGGCCAGAGUUAGCCCGGAGAUACAUCUUAGCCAUCUUGUCCAUGGAUGGUAAUCUUGACUCUGCUGAGAUUACCACCCGUGAAAUUGGUAGGGUGUUUCGUUGCUUACAAGGUGAUGGUGGGGUGCUUUGUGGCUCGCUUACUGGAGUUGCAGGCAUGGAAGCAGAUGCACUUUUGCUUGCAGAGGCUACAAAAAAAAUUUUUGGUUCGUUGAGCAGAAAAAAAGAUGUUCUUAGCAUAGAGGAUGAAACAGCUGAUACGAGUUAUGAUUGUGAAAAUAAGAACAUGAAAGAUGGUAACAUGCCAGACUGGGCACAGGUGCUGGAACCUGUUAGAAAGCUACCCACUAAUGUUGGGGCUAGAAUCCGAAAGUGUGUUUAUGAUGCUCUGGAGAAAUCUCCACCAGAAUGGGCAAAGAAAAGAUUGGAGCAUUCAAUUAGUAAGGAAGUGUACAAGGGCAAUGCAUCAGGACCUACAAAGAAAGCUGUGCUUUCAGUGCUAGCAGAUGUAUUAACUGGAGUCCAGCAAAAAGCGCUUAAGACAAAUAAAAAGAAGAUAUCAAUACCUAUUUCUGACAUUAUAAUGAAACAAUGUCGUAUUGUAUUGCGCCAAGCUGCUGCUGCAGAUGAUGCGAAAGUUUUUGCACCUUGCUGGGAAGAAAUCUCAUAA